UUCAGCUAGAAAAAGUCGAAGAUUCCGAUAAGCGACGAUGUACGCCAGGACAAAUACCGGCAGCACACAUGGAGACUUCCAAGACAGAAACGGAGUAAAUUAUGUGACAUCGACAGAGUCUUUCGGCCACUGCUCUCAAUUGUUCUGGAAAAAGGAUCCCAACGACUCCGGACCGAGUUCGACCAUCAGCUGGUGCGAUCAGCUCCCUUCGUCCUCAGCAGCCCUCUCCACCUCCAGUCUCUCUACAGCGUCACUCUCCAGCUCCAGUCUCUCCUUGGAGUCCCGAGCGCCAGCGCCGGCGCCGGCGACGACGGUGUCAGACGACAUGGAAUCAGACGAGAGGCCGUACGUCUGCGAUCUCUGCAGCUGCGCCUACAAGCACGCCAGCUCACUGCUCAACCACAAGCUCACUCACAAGACUGGAGACUUCAGGUGCGACUUUUGCAGCAAGCCCUACACCAACUACAUGUCCCUGCGCAACCAUAUGCGAAUCCACGGUCAGAAGCGCUACAUGUGCGACCUGUGCGGGAAGGCCUUCCGUCUGGCCCGCUACCUCCGUAACCACCAGAGGAUCCACGACGAUGGGCCUAACCGCUUUGACUGUCCCUCCUGCUGCAAGAGCUACAGGACCAUGCUGGAACUGGCCCAGCACCGCUGCACCGCCGCUGCAUCCAACCAGAACCGGUUCAACUGCCCGUCCUGCUUUAAGAGCUACCGAACCAUGCUGGACCUGGCCCAGCACCGCUGCAGCGCCGUGGCCAAAAACCAGUCUGGCGGCCGACGUUCCAAUUUCGCCAACACUCCCCGCCGUCAGCAACAGCAGCAACAGCAGAACAAUGCUAACUCCAUGAUGCAACCGCAGCACGGAGGACACGGCCAGCAGGAGCCUCUGCCCUCUCACUGCGUCUCCCCCAUGUCCCAGGGAGGGCAGGGCGGCGUGAGCAGCCAGCCUGUGCCUGACCCACACCAGGGCCGUCCCAGCUCGGUAUCCUCCCAGAGCAGCCAGCAGAGCAUGAGGAGCUCGUCCUCCAACAAACACGUCUCCUCCUCCAACGCCACCCCGUCCUCCUCCUACUCCCUGCUCCAGCCCCUGGUGCCUGAGGUAAAGGAGAUGAGCUCGGGAUACACUAGGCUGAGCGCCAACCCCAUGCCGAAGCACCAGGACACUUUCUCUCUGGCCCCCCAGCGGCCCCUCACAACCAUCAACCCCAUCGGCCACUCCCUCCAUCCGAACGGAGCGCCCACACUCAAGCCUUCCCCCGUGCCACGCACCAUCCAGGCCAUGCCCUGGGAGCAGCGCUCCCUCUACAAUCAAUGAGACUCCUUGGAACUAGCCGUCCCCCUUCACGUUGCGUCUGCGCCCCCCUCCUCCACACACACACACACCCUCCUCCCCACCCUUUUCGGACCCAGCAUCAAGGAGGGAGGACUUGGGACGUCCCUCCACCGCCUCACUCCUCCUUUGGAAUGUUGUUCGGGAAUGGGGAAGGGCACCAUUGAGAACUAGUUGAGAUUGAUUACUGAGUAGUUAGGUUUAAAAAAAAUGUGUUGCCUUGACCCUCAUGUAUGAUCUAUGCCAUGUACUGGAUAUAAGUUAAAAUGUCUGUCCUCUCACUAAGGAUUUCUCUCCCCAACCUCCCCAUCCUCCUCUCCCUCUCUAGUUAUGAAAAUAUCUAUCCUUCCCAUUAUGAAUAGUGUCUCUUCCCACCCCCACCCCCUUUUCCAUAUGUUAAAUGAAACGAAAGGCUAUUUUUAUCAAGAGUGUGCUCCAAACCAGGGCGCCAAGUUGUCAAAGUAAAUGUGACAGUUAUUCUCCCUUCAGUCUGAUAUGUUUUUGAACAUAAAACCCAACGUUUUUGUCAAAUGAGGCUCCAGAAGCAGGACUGUGUAUAGCGUGCAUUAGGAGGUGUCAUGACUAUUUCAGAAAGGUGUUCGUUCCUGUCUGACAUUACAGCGCCCACGCCUCUCAUCUGCGAGCACCGACAGCAAGGACCACCACGGAAACGACCCAGCCGGCUGCUGUUCUGCGAAACAUUUUGACAUGUACGUGCCAGUUUGGCUUCUCUGUGAAAGGACCUCAACGUUCCCCAGCCACAUCCACCGACGAGACCGUUUAGCUCCGUUACUUUCUUUUAACACAACUGAAAGCUCACUUAUUUUCUAAACUUGCAUCUGACUGGUGGCUUGUUGUUGUUGUAGUUUUAAUAAUCUGUUGGCUGGGAAUCAAAUCUCAAAAGAUAUCAGUAAGUCUCCAUCCCUUUUGUUCCAAACUGACUGUUAACAUGUUUGUUCCUUACACUUUAAAGCACUUUAAGACAAGUGCUGUAUAAUUAUUACUGCCCCCCCCCUCCUCCACCUCCACCCCCACCCUCUUAUUUAGAGCUGUACCAGCUGUGAAGAUGUAACAUUGCCUUACAUCAACUCCUCAUCAAGACUUCCUCACAUGAUCACCAGUGACUUAGCAGCAGUACUGGGCCCAGUUGGAGCCCAUAACAUGGCUGCAUCGGGAUACUACAGUGGCCAAAAACCAGCGUGUCUGCAGCUCUGGACACAGUAGGUCUGCACCCCCCCCCCCCCCCCCCCCCCCCCAUCCACCUUGGCUCCGACACGCCCUCCAGUGUUGCUUGUCCUGUAGAAAAUGUCAUGCCUGCGUCUCACUGCUCCCAGGAUGGAUUUAGUUAACGCCCACCUGCAGGUGUUUCAAUAAGCAACCAAUCACAGUUGGCCGGGUAACUCCAAAUCGCAAGAUGAAGUAAAUUUUGUAAACGGUCAAUUUAAUGAAUAACAGUUUAAUCAUGAAUCCAGUAUGUAGUUCUGUUACGUUAUCUCGCUAACAUGGUGUUCAUUGAAAUACCCACAAUUCUACUGACAUUGUAUUAUCUCUUUUUAAAGUUGUUUCUAUUUUUAUUCAUGACAUGUUUUCAUUGUUGCUUUCUCUCUCCUUGUAAAGUGUCUUUUUGAGUAUUUAGAGAAGUGCUAUACAAAUAAAAUGUUUUAUUAUUAUCACCA